GGAAGACAAAUCAUCUCCACUCACCGUUGGUAAAGUGAGAUUUUUUUUUAUGAAGCGUUGGUAAAGUGAGAUUUGAUCUAGGUUUUCCGCGGGUUUUACAUUCAACGAAAACUCAAUCUCCUCCUCCAUGGAAUUGGGUCGGAAGUUCAUGGACGACCCACUGGUAUUGACUGAUUGGGAUGCAGCAAUUUCACUCAACCUUCACCUUUGACAAGCACAGAAGGACACAUAAAACUCAUAUAUGAAAUCAACCACUGUUUCAAAGGACACAAGGAAGCACAACUUUCAAUCCCAGAAUCCCCAAUCGACAAAGGAGGGCGUGAGCGGCAGAGACGAGGGAGAGGAGUCGAUGGGAUGGGAUUGGCCGAUUGGGUCGCUGUGGGUCUCGAUCUGCUGCUACUGUCGAUGCGUUGUGAUGCUGCUACUGUCCCGCUGUUGAUGUGAUGCUGCCUGUGAUUGAGGAAGUGAGCGCAGGAGAUGAUGAACAUGGGGA